UUUUUUCUCUCUCUUGGAGUUCAAAGGUUCCAUCUUUUCUUUCUCGAUUCAGUUCUAUUGAUGUUUCUUUUGGUUCAUUUUAGCUGCUUUGUUUAUUCAGUUCUCUUAAUUGGUUCCUAAUUUCUGUUAUGUUUUGCCAUUAAUCUUUAGUUGUUUCUCUAAGAUCCCUGGAUUUAAUUUCUGGAUUUUGAAAAUGAGUUGUAAAGUAUUUGAAGUUCUGUUCUGGCUUUCUUCAAUCUUGUGUUUAACAUUGUUUGCUAGAGGGUUUACACCUGCAGACAAUUACCUUAUUAAUUGUGGAUCACCUACUAAUACUACAGUGGGAGAUCGAAUUUUCAUGGCUGAUAAGUUAGCCUCAAAGCUCCUUUCUUCCCCUGAGAAUGUUCUUGGAAACACCUCAAGAUCCGUCACCUCUGAUGAUGAUUCGUCACUCUAUCAAACGGCAAGAAUCUUUACUGGUGUUUCAAAGUACACAUUUUCAAUCAGCCGGCGUGGAAGACACUGGAUUCGCUUUUAUUUCUAUCCAUUUGUUCAUGCUAGUUACAAUAUGAGUAUGGCGGAUUUCGAUGUUUCGACGGACAACCAUGUUCUUCUCAGUAGUUUCAGUGUUCAAUCUCUUAUGGUCAAGGAAUUUUCUGUUAAUGUAACAUCCAGUAGCCUUGCCAUCACAUUCAGUCCUUCACAGAAUUCAUUUGCUUUUAUAAAUGCCUUGGAAGUUGUUUCGGUCCCUGAUCAGCUCAUCCCGGACACUGCCGGCUCCGUUCAAUCUUCGGUGGAAUUCCAAGGGCUAACGUUGCAGGCGCUAGAGACGGUAGCUCGGGUGAAUAUGGGAGGAUCUACUGUCUCCUUCAAGAAUGAUACUCUUUGGCGAACAUGGGUGCCUGACCAGCGUUUCCUUGUAGGAAAGAACCUUGCCUUAAGUGUAUCAAAUAUCAGAGCUGUUAAGUAUGUUGAAGGUGGUUCAACAGAAGAUAUCGCUCCAAAUUCGGUCUAUGGUACCUGCACCAGAAUGAACUCGGUGAAUGAUUCCACCAGCAACUUCAAUGUGACAUGGGAAUUCGACAUUGAUCCCGGAUUUCAGUACCUUGUUAGAUUUCACUUUUGUGAUAUUGUCAGCGAAGCUCUUAACCAGAUGUAUUUCAGUUUUAUUGACUCCUCCAUGGUUGUUGGGGACCUUGAUCUGAGUACAUAUUUGGUUAACGUUUUGGCUGCUGCAUAUUAUAUGGACUAUGUCACAGAGUCAGCUACUAGCAAUAAGCUUCAAGUAAGCAUCGGCCCUUCGAAUUUACACGGUACAUAUCCGGAUGCCAUACUUAAUGGGCUGGAAAUCAUGAAAAUGAACAACUCUGAUGGCAGCCUUUCUGGCUUGGGAACCAUCAGCGGUUCUAGUUCGAGUUCAAAGAAGAACGUUGGUGCUAUUGUAGGUGUUAGCGUUGGGGUGGCUGCUGGAGUGUUGUUGGCUGGAGUUCUCUUCAUGUUGUGUAGAAAACGAAGACAACUGCUGCGCCAGAGGUUAUCGAAGACGUGGGUGCCUUUCUCUAUUAACGGAGGAACUUCCCACACCAUGGGGAGCAAAUACUCCAAGGGGACGACCGUCAGUAUCAAUUCUAAUAUGAGCUACCAUGUUCCUUUUCUUGCUGUUCAAGAAGCCACAAACAACUUCGAUGAGAGUUGGGUUAUUGGGAUAGGAGGAUUCGGUAAGGUGUACAAGGGAGAGCUCAAUGAUGGUACGAAAGUUGCUGUUAAAAGGGGAAAUCCACAGUCCCAACAAGGACUUGCUGAGUUCCAGACCGAAAUUGAGAUGCUGUCCCAGUUUCGUCACCGACAUCUGGUGUCGUUGAUAGGUUAUUGUGAUGAAAAGAAUGAGAUGAUUUUGAUCUAUGAAUACAUGGAGAACGGGACGCUCAAGAGUCAUCUCUAUGGCUCAGGUCUUCCUAAUUUAAGUUGGAAACAGAGGCUUGAAAUAUGCAUUGGAGCAGCUAGAGGACUCCAUUACCUUCACACGGGCUAUGCAAAAGCGGUUAUUCAUCGUGAUGUGAAGUCGGCAAAUAUCUUACUUGAUGAGAAUCUCAUGGCUAAAGUUGCUGAUUUUGGAUUAUCAAAGACAGGUCCUGAACUUGAUCAGACUCAUGUCAGUACAGCAGUUAAAGGAAGUUUUGGAUACUUGGAUCCCGAGUAUUUCAGAAGGCAACAACUGACAGAAAAAUCUGAUGUGUAUUCAUUUGGUGUGGUUUUGUUCGAAGUUCUUUGUGCAAGACCGGUGAUCGAUCCCACUCUUCCAAGGGAAAUGGUAAAUCUAGCUGAAUGGGCAAUGAAAUGGCAGAAGAAAGGACAGUUGGAGCAAAUAAUUGAUCUUAAUCUCAAAGGAAACAUCAGGCCUGAUUCUCUCAGGAAGUUUGGAGAAACCGCUGAGAAGUGUUUAGCUGACUUUGGUGUUGACAGGCCCUCCAUGGGAGAUGUUUUAUGGAACCUGGAGUAUGCUCUUCAACUACAGGAGGCCGUUGUUCAAGGUGAUCCCGACGAAAACAGUACAAACAUGAUUGGGGAGCUUCCUCCACAGAUCAACAAUUUCAGUCAGCUUGAUCCUAAUGGUUCACCACAGUUCGAGGUGUCAAUUGCGGAUGACCUCUCGGGUGUUUCAAUGAGUAAAGUGUUCUCACAGCUGGUGAAGUCCGAAGGAAGGUGAUUCGAGCCAGACCUAAAAUCCAUUGAAUUAAACUUCUUUUUCGACUCUACUCACAUGGUUUUUCUUAUCCGACAAGUAUUCCUUUGUUUUUUUCAUUGGUAAUGGUAGUAUGUCAGCUCAUCAUCCUUUACCAUGAUGUGGUUUCUUUGGUUUGUCAUCAUUCAUCAUACAGACAACUGCGCAAAAUCCUGUGUUCUAAAAUGUUUGUGUAAUGUGCUGUGAGCUCUUUCGUGUACAGCAAGGAUCUGGGGUUUGUUCUGAGCUUCAGGAAGUUACCAAAGAUGUUGCAAUUUUCAAAAUUUCAUCUACUUUUACCUGUUUCAUACUUGUGUCUUUCUCAGUUAUGCAUCUAAAUAACUCAAAUGUGUGAAAUUUGAUGACUUUAGCAUGAAGAAAAGUU